GCCAACUUUGGCCCAAACCAAAAAAAAACGGUUGGCUUAGAAUGAGAGUGGUCGUCAUCUUUGUCCCAUCUUCUUCCUCCAUUGUCACUCCUCCAAAUCCUUCCCGCCAUAACCACCAUUACCACCACCAUCUCAAAGCUUCCAAAUCCCAAAUCCCAAACCUUUCGCCCUCUAACUUACCUCCGCCACCUUGGUCUUCUUCCUCUUCUCGCUCUCCUCCCCUCUCCUCCGCCGUCCGAUGGGACCCCAUUAAAACCCACCCCCGAAACUUGGCCGACUUCGCCAACAACCUCGCUCGAGAUGGGAAGCUCGCAGACUUCGCAAUGGUGAUCGAGACUGUUGCGGAUUCAGACCUUGAUGCGACGCAGUUUAAGUCUGCGUUGAGAGCAGAUUUUGUGGAGAAGGGUCUUUCGGAGUUUCUUCGAGAUGGGAAACUUCAGAGCUUUGUCAAUGUUUUGAAGAAGUUGGAUGAGUUUGGGUUUCAUCCUUUGGAGAUCUUUAAUGGGUCGGCUAUUGAAUUGCUCAGGAAGGAGUGUCGCCGGAUUUUGAAAUGCCGUGAAGUGGAUGAACUAGUUGAACUCGUUGAGGUUCUUGCAGGUUUUGGUUUCUCAAUCAAAGAAUUAAUGAAACCUACCGAUGUUAUCAAGGUAUGCGUUCAGAAAAGAAAGCCCAAAAUGGCUAUAAGGUAUGCCUGUACUCUACCACAUGCGCAUAUGGUAUUUUGUGACACAAUAUAUGAAUGUGGAAAGAAAGGGGACUUGGAGUGUGCAUUGACAGCGUUCGAAUUUGCCAAGAAAAACUCGAAUGCUAUCAAUAUGUAUCUCUACCGCACAAUAAUUGACGUUUGUGGUCGCUGUCAUGCCUACGAGAAAUCUAGGCAGAUUUAUGAGGAUUUGCUCAGUCAGAAAGUCACCCCAAAUGUUUAUGUAGUGAACAGCAUUAUGAAUGUGAAUGCUCAUGAUUUGAGCUACACAUUUAAUGUGUACAGGAAUCUGCAAAACCUUGGUGUUGAACCCGAUAUGGCAUCAUAUAACAUCCUUUUGAAGGCAUGCUGUCUUGCUGGAAGAGUUGAUUGGGCUCAAGACAUUUAUAAGGAAGUUCAACAUUUAGAAUCAACUGGAUUGUUGAAGUUGGAUGUUUUCACAUACAGCACUAUUGUAAAGGUUCUUGCAGAUGCAAAACUAUGGCAAAUGGCUUUAAAAGUAAAAGACGACAUGCUAUCAGCUGGUGUAACUCCUAAUACCGUUACAUGGUCAUCGUUGAUCAGCGCCUGUGCAAACGCUGGCCUUGUGGAGAAGGCAAUCCAAUUAUUCGAAGAGAUGCUUCUGGAUGGCUGUGAACCCAAUUCACAGUGCUGCAAUAUCCUUCUACAUGCUUGUGUUGAGGCUUCACAGUAUGACAGGGCAUUUCGCCUUUUUGAAUCCUGGAAGAGAAAUAGAGUCCAGGAGAUGCCUGAAGAUAGCAAAGAAAAUAGAGCUAGCAAUGCAAUUUCAGGAGUUGGUACUGCCAGGUCUCAAUCAUCUCAUUUAUAUGGUUUAAACUUUGCCAAAAAGCUUUCGUUUAUGCCCACAAUCGCAACAUACAAUAUUUUGAUGAAGGCCUGCGGAUCCGAUUACUACCAUGCUAAAGCAUUGAUGGAUGAGAUGAACACAAUGGGUCUCUCUCCUAAUCAAAUAACUUGGUCUAUAUUGAUUGAUAUAUGUGGAAGCUCAGGCAAUGUAGAAGGUACUCUAAAGAUUUUGAGAACCAUGCGUGAAACUGGAAUCGAACCCGAUGUGGUUGCGUAUACAACAGUUAUAAAGGUUUGCGUGGAAAACAAAUAUAUGAAACAAGCAUUCUCAUUGUUUGCUGAAAUGAAAAGAUAUCAGCUACAGCCAAAUCUGGUGACCUAUAAUACGCUUUUAAGGGCUCGUAGCAGAUACGGUUCUUCACUUGAAGUUAAGCAGUGCCUGGUGGUAUAUCAAGAUAUGAGAAGAGCAGGGUAUAGGCCCAAUGAUUUUUAUCUCAAACAACUAAUCGAGGAGUGGUGCGAAGGGGUUAUACAAUGCAACAAUCAGAACCAGGAAGAGUUUAGUUCCUCCAUGACCGACACAGAGAGCCCUCAAAGUUUACUGCUUGAAAAAGUUGCUGAACACUUGCAAAAGAAUAUUGCUGAAAGUUUAACAAUUGAUCUUCAAAGGCUUACAAAGGUUGAAGCUCGGAUAGUUGUUCUUGCAGUUCUUCAAGUGGUCAAAGAGAAAUACUCGAGGGGACAUUUAAUAAGUGACGACAUGCUUAUCACCUUAGGAAUCGGUAAGGUUGAUGCAAUUCCAGAUGAACAAGAACUAGGGGUGAAAGAUGCAAUAACUAAACUUCUACAAGAAGAAUUGGGGCUUGAAGUUCUUCCAAAAGGACUCAAAAUUGCAUCUGGCACACAAAUGUAUUUGAAGAGUCCCAACCACUCAACCUCAAAUUUGGAGUACUUGAGAAGUAAUGAAUUACCUACUGAGAGAAGACCUGUGGUGAUGCAGAGGUUAAUGGUCACAAGAAAAUCACUGCAACAAUGGCUACAUAAAAGAAGCUCCCUAAGGAGAUGAUGUGUUUUACUUUUUAUGUAUGAAUGUAUGUAUUCACUAUUCAUUACCACAUCAAAUUAUAAUGUACCGUAUGGUAGACCAUUUAAGCAAUCAAAUGUAAAUGAAAGAAACAAAAAUGCAAUAAAAAUGAUAUUGAUUCAA